AUGGUGUACGACUCGACCAUUAGCUUUACGCUCGACACGAUAUGUCCAUGGACGUAUCUCGCGCGCCGCCGGCUUCAGCGCGCUCUCGAGCAAGUGCGCGCCUCUCAAUCAGAUAGCGGCACCGCGUUUACUAUCAAGUACUUGCCAUACCAACUGUAUCCCGAAGCCACCAAGGAAGGCGAGGAUAAGUACGAGUGGUACAGGAAGUCGCGAUAUGGCGACAGCGAGGAGAAGAUGAAGAUGUACACGACGCUCAUGAGCGCAUAUGGCGCCGAUGCGGGCAUCAACUUCAAAUUCGGCGGCACGGUGGCGAAUACGCUGAACGCGCAUCGCGUAAUCCAACAUUUCCAGGAGAAGAAGGGUCCAGAAGUGGCCGACAAAAUUGUGGAAUCAUUGUAUAGCCAGUACUUCGAGAACGAGAAGCAUCCGAGCGCAGCCGACACGCUGCUCCGAGCGACUGCCGAUGCAGGCAUUCCCGAAUCCGAGGCGAAGCCCGUAAUCGAUGACGAAUCCGAAGGCUUGAUGGACGUCAAAAUGCUGAUCCGGGAGCAAAAAGGAAACGGCAUUGAUGCUGUUCCGCACGUCGUCAUCGAGGGGCGCAGACGCGACGUGACGCUCGAGGGCGCACGCGAGGUGGACGAAUAUGUCAAGGCGCUGCAGCGCGUUAUCAAGGAGAACGCAUGA